AGGAAUGGAGGAUGGUCUGGGAGAGAUAGGAAACCUAUCCAUGAAAUCAAUUGACUGAGCUGAGCCCUCCAAAUUCGAGAUAUAGAUCACAACAAAUUUUUAGAAGAAGAAUUGUGAAUCGUUUUCCUAUUUCAUUCCAAUAAUUUCGUUUCUGCUGAAAUUCAUUUCAGUAAUAAUAAUCGGAAAGAAAAGAACACAAAAAAAGGCAUGGCGAUCAGUGGGGUGAACGCUUUACCAAUUUCUUUCGUCGCCCAUUUUCUGGCCGUUGUGGCUGCGGUUUUGGUGCUGGUUUGGAACAUCUCCUUCCGAGGCGGUCUGGCUUGGGAUGCUGAGAAUAAGGAUCUCAUUUUCAAUCUUCACCCUGUGCUGAUGCUGAUAGGGCUAAUCAUCAUUGGUGGCCAAGCUAUAAUGAGCUACAAAUCGCUGCCGUUGAGGAAGCCGGAGAAGAAACUCAUACACUUAGUUUUGCAUGCCAUUGCUCUAAUCCUCGGCAUAUUUGGAAUAUGCGCCGCAUUCAAGAACCACAACGAGCUCGGCUUCGCCAAUCUGUACAGCUUACAUUCUUGGCUAGGUAUCGCCGUCAUUUCCCUCUACGGGCUUCAGUGGAUUUAUGGAUUCGUGAUCUUCUUCUAUCCGGGAGGGUCGAGUGCGAUCAGAGGCGAGUCGCUGCCGUGGCACUCCCUGGCCGGAACGUUUAUAUACAUUUUGGCAGUUGGGACAGCCUCGCUGGGUUACCUCGAGAAGCUGACGUUUCUUCAGAAUAACGGGCUGGCGAAGUACGGGCCGGAGGCGAUCUUGGUGAACUGCACGGCCAUUAUUACGAUCCUUUAUGGCACAUUCGUGAUCCUGACGACGCUGUCGGGCUCUUCCCCUCCUGCUGGUGGUGGUGUUGGUGAGGAUGAUUAUAGUAGCAGCUACACAGCUAUAAAUUGAUUGAAUGGUGGCCGUUGGAUCUGUCGAUCGAUGUUUGUUCUUACAAUGAAUGGAUCGAUCGAUCUUGAUUUGUUGUUCAAUUGUAGGAUGUGUUGUGUUGUGUUGUUUCUGUGUUUUGUGGUAAUAAGGAGAGAUGCUUUUGUUUUCCUUC